GGUGGGGCCACCGUCGUCAGCCACCGCCUCUCGCCCAGUUGUGCACCGGUCGCCCGUCAUGAGGCUCCUCGGCCUGGCCCUGGUCGUCUGCGUCGUGGCUUUAGCCCACGCCGCACCCAAUAAGGGCGCCCACAGCACCAAGGCCGCUGCCACGGCCUCCCCCUGCAAGGUGGACGGUGACUGCAAGAAGACGGUGUGCGGCAAGACGCUGGCCGUCUCGUGCGACAAGCCGACCAAGAAGUGCGUGUGCAAGGCCAAGGCUCAGAAGACCAAGAAGCCAACGACAACGACCGUCACGACACCAGCCGCCGAGAGGGCAGAGGCCGAACCCAGCCCGGAGGACGCCGAGAACAAGGGGCCGGACGCAGCGCCACCUGCCGCCGAAGAGUUGGAGGCCUAGGGGUAAACGACUAAGCCUCUUUUAACCCAUGCCAAUCAUGUCAACACCCACCGGUAACAAACUAACGGUACCUCACUGAAGUCCAAAUUGUAAACUAAAAUUUGGUUCAAGUUUAUAAUGUGAUAAUGUUUUCACUUACUCUAAAAAGCAGGAGUCGUUUACCCCUCGUCCCCGUCUUGAAUAAUUAUUAAGGUUCUGGCACAAGGGACAUUUUAUUUUGAUUUGCCUCGGUGUACAGGUUUUUCAUGACAACAACAAUGGCUUUUUACUUUU